CAGGGACCCCCCCCCCCCCCCCCUCCACUCCUCUGACCCUCUCCCCGUCUUCAGCCGCGUCCCUGCUGUCGGCAACCCGCCGACGUUCCCCUCAUCGUCGUCGCCAUGACUACCUCAAGACGUGUUGCUGAUAGGAAAAUUGCACUAUUUGAGAAGAAUAUCAUGAAGAGGGGUUCUGUUCCGGAGACAGUCAAGAAAGGAAAUGAUUAUCCUGUUGCACCUAUCGUGCUUGGAUUUUUUGUCUUCGUUGUGGUUGGGUCAUCUCUGUUCCAGAUCAUCAGGACAGCCUCAAGCGCUGGCCUCUUCUGAGUAUAAUGGCGCUCUACUUAUAGUGACAAUGAACAGGGUUGUCAUAUGCAGUUGGUUGUCAGUUUAAAAUAGAACUGAAUGAGAUAGCUGGUACUCUUGUGAUGCCUGUUAUACCUCUUGCCGUUGUACUUGGUGGAGUUUAAGUUAUAUGGAGGUCAUACCAUUGGACUGCUAAUCUGUAUCAAUCGGGGCCUCACGCCAUUGGAAAAUUUCCAUUUAAUAUCUGGUUAUAAUUUGCUUUA